AUGAACAUCCUAAAACGCCAAAUAAUCAGUCACCGGAGCCGAACACCUUCUCCUAUGACUAACAAAGUGAUUCAACCUGCCUGUGAUGUCUUCAUCAACCAUAGAGGAACCGACACGAAGCGUACCGUGGCUUCAUUGCUCUAUGAUCAUCUUUCUCGUCUUGGGUUUCGACCUUUCUUGGACAACAAGAACAUGAAGCCCGGUGACAAACUGUUUGAGAAGAUUGACGAUGCGAUAAAGGGGUGCAAGGUAGGCGUUGCGGUCUUCUCACGCCGUUAUUGUGAGUCGUACUUUUGCCUUCAUGAACUUGCUCUGAUAAUGGAGUCUAAGAAGAAGGUUAUUCCCAUUUUUUGCGAUGUCAAGCCCUCUGAGCUUCGUGUUGUGGACAAUGGAACUUGUACACAAAUGGAGAUUCAGAGGUUCGAGUCAGCCAUUGAAGAGGCUAAGUACACCGUAGGGCUAACAUUGGACUCCUUAAAAGGGAACUGGUCGGAUGUGGUAACAAGUGCUGCUGACAUUGUCAUAGACAGCUUGAUGGAAAUUGAGGAUGAAAAUGGCCCUUAA